AUGGCACACUUAGGGAUUUGCUUUACGGUUGAGAAGGAAGAAUACAACGAGACGUUUGAAUGGCUCUAUGCAGCGGAGGGCGCAGCAAAAGCCACACGAAACGGACGAAUAGUGCUCAUAGUGGGUGAAGGCAAACUUCCCUCUUGGGCUGUCAACAAAGUUACCCAUUUUGUCGCACCCCGAGUGAUCAAACGGAUCGCCAAAGCCUGUCACGGUUAUGAGGCAUGGAAACGGUCUCAUCGACCUGAAUUUAAACCAUGGCUGUUCCCAGAACAAUGUGAAUUACCGCGUCUCAACUGGUCCGAUGUUCCCGCGGCCCCAGAUAUUGAUCUCACUCCGGAAGUGGUGGUAGACGAGAGUCAAGUAGCCGAUGUGAACGGAAACAGUAUGGACAAAGAUGACGACUGA